AUGCCGGAACAUACUCCAGCGCCUUAUAGUCCACGCUCUGUUUAUGGAUACACCUUGUAUGUUGGUUCCAACAUGUUAUUUUUGAUAUAUUUAGUAUGGGCAAUAGUGCCUGAUCACAUACUACAAGACACGCUAGGUCUAACUUACUGGCCCUUGAAAUAUUGGGCUAUAGCAAUUCCCAUUUGGGCGUUAACUGCUACAGCAGUAUUUGCAUUCUUCAUAUAUCCAGCAAUAAACAUGCUAAUGACACCAGACAUUGAUGACAUCAGAACUAUCAGAGACAAGUUUUCUCUGAGUACAGGGUAUAAAAUACCAGGAGGUAUUCCCCCAGUUUCUGAUAUUCCGAUAACUGAAGUCUGUAGACAAUUGUACCUAAGACCUGAUAUUAAGGUAAAAAGUAAUUGACAGCUGUUUUGAUAAUAUUUCAUAAUAUAAUGUUUUUUGUAAUAUUCAUCAAUGUUUUUCUAUAAAAUACGUGUAUAAAUUCGCA